AUGAGACGCGAAACUUCCAACAACGCCAAAUUAGUCGUCCAAAAAUACCUUGACAUUCUCAUUGGGCCUUCCGAGACAUCUAGGGAGUCAGUUCCCCAGUUUAAAUUCCUCCAGGAACUCGCCACUAUACAACUUUGCAACAACCACAAAAAGCAUCAUUCCCACGCCAUAGGACAGUGGCUGAAUGAAUUUACUGCCAACCAGGCUUCUAUUAUAGUCGGGCUGGCAAAGUACUACAAUCUGGAAAUCGAUGAUACAGUUAGCGGAGAAAGCCAAAACUCGGAUGAUGAAGAUGACGAAAAGAAUUUGAAUGUUACCGAGGAAGAGGAUACAUCGGAGGAAGACGAAGAAGAAGAAAAAUCAAUCCUGGCUAGCCAAUUCUCGUCGUCGCUUACAUCUAGUAUCUACCACACGUCUAUACUAGCAGCAGACGAAGUUGCUAAGGACGUCACCUGUCUUUUGCAAAAGCCUAUUGACAUGAAGUCCAAUGAUGCAAAGCCUGGAUGGAUAUAUGUCAUAUCCCCUCUCGCAAUGCCAGGAACCUUCAAAGUCGGCUAUACUCUUAAGCCCCCCCCAGCUGGACCGUUUUCCAAAGCACAAACAGUGCCAUGGCGAGUUUGA